GAGUGCGUUGCACAUGAUUGCGCAUUUUCACAACUUCGUGUUGCUUCGCACGCAGGAGUCGAGGGGAUGUGGAACCCUGAGCGAAGGUCGGGCCGAUCGGAUCGGAGGGGCGGAGACUGGAGGGGCGAAAAGUCACAUUUCCAGUCGGGCUCCGGGACUCCACGCUGAGGAGAGCAUCCGAAAUCACCGAUCGAAGCACCAGAAAAGUGAAGGUACUGCAAUAAAUCACAAAGAUGGCAAACGAGGCUAAGCCGUGCCCCUGUGACAUUGGAGACAGGAUGGAGUAUGGAGGCAUGGGGCAGGAGGUCCAGAUCGAGCACAUACAAGCAUACGUGACAAAGCCGUCGGUGGACUCGGACAAAGCCGUCAUUGUCAUCCAAGACAUAUUUGGGUGGAAGCUCCCCAACACCAGAUACAUGACUGAUUUGCUUGCCUCCAAUGGCUACAUUGCUGUUUGCCCCGAUUUCUUUGUUGGAAAGGAGCCCUGGAAUCCGUCUGAUGACUGGUCGACAUUCGAACAGUGGCUGGAGGACAAAAAACCUACCAAUAUAAACAAAGAGCUGGAUGCUGUGUUAAGGUACCUGAGUGAGGUGUGUGGGGCCAAGCGGAUUGGGGUGGUGGGCUUCUGUUGGGGAGGCGUCGCCACCCACCACCUGACCCUCCGCUAUCCGCAGAUUAAAGCCGGGGUCUCCUUAUACGGAAUCAUCAGGGACGUCGAAGACCGAUAUAACUUGCAAAGUCCUACUUUGUUCAUUUUUGGAGAAAAUGAUCAAGCUAUACCUCUUGAUCAGGUGAAGCUCCUUGAGAAGAGGCUACAUGAGAAAUGUGCUGUUGAUUUCCAAGUGAAGAUUUUCCCAGGCCAGACGCAUGGCUUUGUUCAUCGUAAGAGAGAAGAUAUAAACCCAGAUGACAAACCUUUCAUUCAGGAGGCUAGAAUGGAUCUGCUGAACUGGCUGAAUAAAUAUAUGUAACAGUGCAGACCUACAGAAAACAUGUAUCUUUUGUUCUAAAAAAUAUGCAAUUAAUCAAGGAGAUUAAUGGCAUCUAGACCUAAUUUUUUAUUCCUUUAAACAGUACAAUCAGUCUUUAUGGUAGCCUAUAUUUGAUUCCAAAAGGGUACGUGAAAAAUAUUUUUUACAUAUAACAUUUUUCUAUAUUGAAAAGUUCACAUCCUUUAGAUCCCUAUUUUCUUUAAAUUUGUCUAAAAUAUUCUUUCGUUUAAUUUCUCAAAACUAUUCUUAUAUGUAACUAUAUGUUAGAAUAAUUCUGUCUACCUAUCCUGUAUGUUUUCUGUUGAUGGUUUCCAAAUAGUGACAAGGUGACUCACAAGUUGUGUGCAUUCAUCACAUAUUAAUUUAGUGCUUAUGUUGAUUUAAUGGGGGAAUUAAAAGGAAACAACACAAAGGUGAUUAAAAGAACUCUAUUGCACUGACAAAUGGAAUUUUAAUGUAUAUAUUCAGGAAUUUAAUUCAAUACCUUGACCAACUGUACUAUGGUUGAGGUGGGGAUUUGAAGCAAGAAUAUUAAGAUAACAAAGUACAGUACAGUCCCACCUCACUACUCUUCCUGCUGCGCCGUAGUAAGUGGCAAGACCACAAAUCAGUCCUCUGAUGCCCCCGAGCUUCUGUUGUAGCAAUUUUCAGAAUCCUCUUAAAUAUCUUUGUAGCCAGAGACAUCAUGUGUCGAUUGCACAUAAUGUCGAGACAAAGAUUAUUAAAAGUUUUUAAUUCUUAAUUUGGGGGUGUGGUGGUGCAGCGGGUUUGACUGGGUCCU